AUGGAGGCGAAACAGAGUGAUGACGCAGCUGUACUUAUUCCAAAGCCCGAGUCCAAAGGAAAAGCCGUCGUAGACGCUCCUCCUCCUCCUCCUGUGGCUGUAGCCGCCAGGAAAGCCACCGUGCUCCGAAGAGUAGGAUGGAAAAAAGGCGUCGCGAUAUUUGACUUUGUUCUAAGGAUCGGUGCCGCUGCAGCGGCUUUUGCUGCUGCUACCGCCGUGGGGCAGGCGGAACAGGUUCUUCCAUUCUUCACGCAGUUCCUGCAGUUCCACGUCGAGUUCACUGAUCUUCCAACUUUAACGUUCUUCGUGGUUGCAAAUGCAACCGCUGGAGGGUAUCUUGUCCUCUCAUUGCCCUUCUCUAUAACAUGCAUUAUUCGUCCUCACAAAGUUGGUCCAAGGCUUUUCCUCAUCAUCUUAGAUUCGGUGAUGACUGCUCUCACUAUCGCAGCUGCCGGCGCCACGACCGCGAUCAUGUACUUAGCUCAUAACGGGAGUACGGACGCCAAUUGGCUGGCUGUGUGUCAGCAGUACACUGACUUUUGCCAGCAAGUCACCGGCGCUGUGGUGGCUUCUUUCGUCGCGGCAGUGUUUCUCAUAUUAUUGGUUGCGGUUUCUGCCUUCGCACUGAAAAGAAGUUCCCAUUAA